UCUCCCCCCCCCUCCGCAGCGGGCGCCGCGGCGCUGGGCCUCCAGCCUGCCCCUCAACACGGUGGUGCUCUUCGUGCCGCAGCAGGAGGCCUGGGUGGUGGAGCGCAUGGGCCGCUUCCACCGCAUCCUCGAGCCGGGGCUGAACUUCCUCAUCCCACUGCUGGAUCGCAUCCGCUAUGUACAAAGCCUCAAAGAGAUUGUCAUCAACGUGCCGGAGCAGUCGGCUGUGAGUCAUGAUAACGUGACCCUCCAGAUAGAUGGUGUCCUCUACUUGCGGAUCAUGGACCCUUACAAGGCUAGUUACGGAGUGGAGGACCCGGAGUAUGCAGUGACCCAGCUCGCUCAGACGACCAUGCGCUCAGAACUGGGCAAGCUCUCCCUUGACAAAGUCUUCCGGGAGCGGGAGUCCCUCAACUCCAGCAUCGUAGAUGCCAUCAACCAGGCCUCCGACUGUUGGGGCAUCCGGUGCCUGCGGUAUGAGAUCAAGGACAUCCACGUGCCUCCCCGAGUGAAGGAGUCCAUGCAGAUGCAGGUGGAAGCUGAGCGGCGCAAGCGGGCCACCGUGCUGGAAUCGGAAGGCACCCGCGAGUCAGCCAUCAACGUGGCCGAGGGGCAAAAGCAGGCUCAGAUCCUGGCUUCGGAAGGACAAAAAGCGGAGCAGAUCAACAAAGCUGCAGGGGAGGCCAACGCGCUGCUGGUGACGGCUCAGGCCAAAGCAGAGGCCAUCCGACUCCUGGCGGCUGCUCUGGCCCAGCAGAAUGGCAACGCAGCCGCCUCUUUGUCUGUGGCCGAGCAGUAUGUGAGCGCCUUCUCCAAGCUGGCGAAAGAGGGCAACACUCUUCUCCUGCCCUCCAGCACGGGUGACGUCACCAGCAUGGUGACCCAGGCGCUUGGCAUCUAUGCGACGCUGAGCAAGUCUCCGGUAGUGAAGCAGGGGGAGUCCACAGCCCCCCUUACUCCCCGGGCAGAGCAGCCCUCCAGCACGGAGCACCCAGAGCCUGAGCAGCCGCACUCCAGCUGA